GUCCCUAUUGCGCACUUGAGGUAGGUGAGCGCGACGGUUGCGACUUCUGCAGGAGUUUUCUCGUUGAGGUUGACGGUGAUUUGAAAAUGUCUGAUUCGGAUUCAGGAAAAAGGUCGCCUGAGAUAGAAGAGAGGCCAAAGGCCGAUCACAGAAGUGGCAGUGAGUCGCCGUCGGAGCACAGUGCUGAUGAGGGUGAUAAGUCAAAGUCUAAAGGCUCUGCCAAUGGAAGGAGAAGUUACAGAAAACGUGAUAGUGGUGAUGAGAGUGGUGGGAGCAGAAGCCGAAGUCGAAGCAGAAGUAGGAGCCGCAGCAGGAGUCAUAGCCCUCGUAGAAGUCGCAGUCCUCACAGCUCUCCAACCAGAUCAUCUAGACGGGACCGAUCACCAGGAGACAAAGGCUAUGAACUGUUUGUUGGUCAGCUACCGUACAGUUGCGAGGAAUACGAAGUGAAGAAAUUUCUAAAAAAGAAAGGCUUCCAUCCUAUAGAGGUUCGCAUGCCAAGAGACAGAAACACAGGACAACCUCGCGGGUUUGCUUUCGUGUUGUUCGAGACUGCCGCCGAAGUUGACGAAGCAACCGAACUCAACGGUACGACGAUGGGCGGCCGUCAGCUGCGAAUCAACCACGCAAACGAGAAACCGUACGCGGCCACUCGUGGUGGCGGCCGAGACAGCUACGGCGGCCGGGACAGCUACGGGGGACGGCGAGACUACAGAGGAAGGUCAGGCUACGGCGGCGGCGGGAGAGACUACGGUGGCAGCAGCAGUGGGAGAUCGGACAGACGAGAGGUGCAUUCGCCGAGCAAGACGCUGUUUGUGAGGAACCUCGCUUACGACACGUCGGAGGACAUGCUGUUGAAGGAGUUCUCAAGAGCUCAUAGCAUCUCUCUCCCGACAACAGGAGACGGCAGUUUGAAAGGGUUUGGGUUUAUUGAUUUUGACAAGGUGGAAGAUGCUGAACGUGCGUUGAAGAAGUUUGAUGGGAUUAGGAUCAAUGGGAGGGAGAUUCGACUGGAAUUCAAGAAAGCCUCGGAUAAGGACAGGGACUCGUUCGGGUAUCGCAGUCGUGGCAGGCACUACUAGUGAAACGACAACACAACUCUGGGAUUACGGAAACAGAAGUUGAGACACUAUUGACGUCAUUAAGUUUAGGAACGAGCUACAGACAGUGUUUCUGCCACUAGCAAGUCAAUGUAACACCGAUGAGCGGUGUGGUCUGUUUUGUCUUUA